CAACGUAUUUUAAUGUCGAUAGUUACAUGUUUAUUUAAUAACAUGUAGGCUAUUUAUUUGGGCUAUUUAUGUUAACUUAACCCCGUAUUAGGACGCUACACGAUAUAUAGAGCACUUGGAUUAGCGUAGUACAUGGACUUUCGCAAAAAAACAUUGUAAGUGGUAUGUUGCUGGAUUAGUAAUUAACAUUUAAUUCAUUCGACGGAUGCUAGGAUAUAACGUUUUUACAGAUAAUGCAUUAUUUAAUGCUAAAACUCAAUUUUAAUGACAAAAGAAGUGAACUAUGUUCAUUUAAAGCAGUCCAUUUUAUUUUCGCAAAAACUUGCUUCUAACUGAGUUAAGAAUAAACAGUGAAAUCAUUUACUACACGUAAACAUUAUAAAUUACAUUAUGUAAAUACGACAUUAAACCUUAAAACAUCGUAUCAGCGAGGCAAAAAACCCUCACUAAAACUGUCUGCACACCAGGAAGAUGAGUGGCUAUGGGAAGUAUUUUAUUUCUCAAAAAAUAAAUACGGAAGUUGUGUCAGACUUUUAUCCAUCAUAUAAAUACUCACAAUAUAUUGGUCAUCAAAAGUGCUGAAAAUUGGACGCUCUGUUAACAUUUCUUAAUUAUGUCUACGCAACAAGCAGGCAAGAUGAAGUGGACUUUAAUGCUAACGACGCUAGUUGCUGUGGGCGGUCGCCUAGAAACAUCGGAAGCAGCGAAUCCCGGGUUUAAAGCCCGGAUCACCAAGUCUGGUAUCGAUUAUGCUAAUGACGUAGCAGUUAAAGCUAUCACCAAGGUCGCCAGCACCAUCACAUUUCCGGACAUAAGUGGCAAGGCUAGUGGCGUCAGUUACUGGGUAAACAACAUCCGCGUGACGUCAUUUACACCACCAGCUAGCGUCAUUGGACUGGUGCCCGGUCAAGGCUUGCAAUGGACAGCGAGUGGAGCCGGGGCACAGGUGGAGGGAUCUUUCAGAUACAAGGCAAGUAUUAUUAAAGGGAGUGGAAGUUUCACCGCCGCUAUUUCCGGUGUCGGGUUCGAUUUGUCCAUUGAUGUCGGGGUUGACGCUUCUGGUCGUCCCAGCAUCUCCACCAGAAAGUGUUCCAGUAGCGUCGGUUCGGUGAACAUUAAGUUCCACGGAAGCAUCGCGUGGCUUCUGAAUCUCCUCAAAGGACAGGUUGAGAAGACUAUCCGGAACGCGCUGCCUACCCAGAUGUGCCAGCUGGCAACAAAGGCUGUCAACACGGAUGCCGAGAGAAAACUUGCCGACAUUCCAAUUACUGUGGCGUUUGACAAGUUCCUCCUCGACUACAGUAUGCUACAGGCACCAUUAUUCUCGGCGGCAUAUAUGGAGACAUUUCAUAAGGGUGAGAUCUAUUGGAAGACCACGCCCUCUGAGCACGCCCCAUUUCCCGCCCCUCCCAUGCCCGAGACAGGAGCCACUGACCGGAUGUUGUACUUGUGGGUGUCGGACUUUAUGUUUAACACGUUGGCCUAUGCGGCCCAGACCAACCGAUACCUUCAGUACAACAUCACUGCGCCUGACCUGCCCGCUAGUGCUCGGGGUUUCCUCAACACGACCUGUGCAGGCGUCAUACCAACAUGCAUCGGUAGCCUCAUCCCUGCGAUCGGUCAAAAGUAUCCAAACAGUCUUGUAGAUCUGCGUUUGUUCAACGGUAUCGCACCUGUCAUGGACGUCAGUUCCGCCGGUGUUGUUGUAAAUACCUCAGGAGUAAUUGAACUCUACGUGCAUAAGCCGGGUACAAACGACGGGGAAGUGUUUCUCGUCUCAUUCAGAGCGAACUUGACUUUCCAAACAGACGUUUCGAUAAUAGACUCAGUAAUACAUGCCAAGAUCUCUUAUUUAAAAUUGAAUCUCAAAACGGCUCGUUCAGAAGUUGGUCCCAUUAGUGAUCAAUUCAUUGACUUUCUGAUCAAGAAUGCUCUCGACUUGUACCUGAUACCCAAAUUGAACGACUACGGUUCAAAGGGGAUAACUCUUCCAUUCCCUAAAGAGGUGUCAAUAAAAAAUGCAGCCAUCAUACUCGCUCAGGAUACCAUCGUAAUCGCCACUGACGUCGCAUACACACCGUCAGAACAACGGGAUGUCGAUGGAGCGUUGAAAUUCGUGCCAUACGACACAAUCGGUGACGUCAAGAUCGAUAACAAAAAACAUCGGUGACGUCAAGAUCGGCAACGACAACAUUGACGACGUCACCAUCGCUGAAGACACCAUCGGCGUUAUCAGAGCUUAAGUCUUAUUGGUGUGUGAAGUCUUGAUGGUGAUGAUAUUAUCAUUCGUUCCAGUAAAUCUACAUGUACAUCAAAUACAAAACAAUAAGCUGGACUUCGUAGAUCUAUACACUCAAUUUACACAUGUAUGUUCGCGAUUUAUGGUGUACUGUUUUGUUUGCAGUUAGAAAAAUAUUUGUUAACGUAAGAUGCAGGGCAAUUCAUUAUCGAAGAUCCAUGCAUAAGUACCUUUAUGAGUAAAACAACAACAACAACCUAGUGAGGAGGAUCCGUUGUCUGCAAAUAUUUGCAGUCAUAUUUUAACAUUUUGUACGUCUGCUCACUGAUCACGUGGUAUACAUAUAGAUCGACAACAGUAGCCUGGCACUCUUGAACUUUUUAACCCUUUUAUGCCAAGGUGACUCUCCUAUCCUUCUAAAUUGGAUCAAUUUAUUUCCAAAAUUAGGGAUGUCUAGUAUAUUUAUUUCUAUAAUUAGAAUAUUUCUUACAGAAAUUCCUUUAAGCAAACAGCGCAGACCCAGAUGAGACGCCGUAUCGUGCGGCGUCUCAUCUGGGUCUUCGCUGUUUGCCAAGGCCUUUUUAUAGACGCUAGGCAUAAAUGGAGAGUGAAUUAUACGCUUGGAGUGUUUCCUGUAUUUGCAUUCAUGUUUGUUCGUGCAUGUUUUGCAUGGGUUUUAUAGAGCCAUAACAAUAUUCUUGGUGGGAUACGCUUAUAUUAAUUCAAAUCGUUUCCAGUAAGGAUACAAAUUUAUAUUCAACGUUACCAUAUAUUAAAUGUAUUCAUGCAAAAACGUUAGUGCAAUGAUUAUGUUUGCGACCAUUACUUCUCGGAAGAUUAAUUAAAACACUUGAAAGGUUUCAACGGAUGCCGUUCUCUAGCAAUCGAUCUAGUUAGUAUAUCUAUCUAUUAAUCCGUUUGUGUACUGACAAACCUGACGUGUAUAUAAAUUAACUCGUGGUUGUUUAUUAAGUCAAUACGAUUAUAUAUAAAAAAUGCGUAAAGGAA